AUGGCACGAGGGAAAUCUCAACCUACCGUUGUUCCCAGUCCUAAUGUGAUUCUUGCGCCAGAUCCGAUCGAGGACCUGAGCCACUCCGUGUCAGAUUUGAAUACACGCUCCAUCGUUGCGGCCUCAACACCUGUAUCAAACAACAUAGCGUUUCCUGCUACAGCAGGCCUCUCGGAUGAGACGUCAAGAGAUAUAUCAGAUAUUAUGGACGCAAAGCACGCACGCAAGAUAUUGGAUUUGGAAAUUUCGAACAAAAGUCUAUUAGCUGUCAAUGCGGCUUUGGAGGCAAGCAAGGUAAAGAUGACCAAGGAAUUACGAAUUCUUCGGCAGCAACUAGUUAUGGAAAAGGUGGAUGCAACUCAGUCUGAAGACCCAUUAGGCCUUGAUGGAUUGCACGCCUCCUUGGCAGAUAUGUGGGAAAACCGCCGUACUUCCGACAAAUGGUCUUUGGGCGGAGAAGUACUACAAGUUCUUAAGCGGCAAGAUCAAGAGCUCAGCGAAAGUCAUGAGCGAUGCCGUGAAAUGAUCGAUACGCUAUUGGAAGAAGCUCGCACAGCUUUACUUUCUCAGCCAAGUGGUGUUGAAAAGCACACAUGUAAAGUAUUACACGCAUCAGAUCUACCAAAUUACGAUGAUGAAAAUGACGAUAAUGUAACUGCGAGCGGUGACUGGAACAGCUCUUCUUCUGAUGUGAUGUAA